AUUUGGAGUCUGCUUGCCGGCCUCCCAUCUGUUUGAAGUCUGAAAACUGAAUCGGAAGGCAUCGUUGACCCAAAAAGUUGCAGAUAAGUGGUGUUCAUAUUCUCAGGCCGUCUGAUAAUUUAGUCUGUGUUUUUCAUUCUAAGGUGAAGGCUACUAGUGGAUCCACUGCAGAAAAAUACGCUUCGAGUUCGAGAUCAUGUAAAUUCAUCUGAAUUGGAGACGUUGAUUGAUUAGAUCACCGCUCAAAGCAACCAAGCCUACAAAGCCAAUUUCACCACUAAUUGUAGAAAAUUAUAUUACCGCCAUCUAUCAUGGAGCAUGUGGCUACAUCAACAAGUGGUAAUAAUGUAGGCAGUGGAUGUACAAGGGAUUACACUAGUGAAUUCACAACGACUGAGACAUUCAACAGCAAAGAAGAGUUAAAAAUCUGGGCCAAAAAUGUUGGGAAGGAGUAUGAUAUUGCUAUUGUCGCGUUAAGAUCUGACAGUGGGGAAGGCAAAAAGAAACCUGGAGUUACUUUGGCUUGUGAGAGGAGCGGAAAAUGUGAUGGACGAAAUAUUAGUUCCAAAAAAAGUACAACAGCUAAAGGUCGACGUACCGGAACAAAGAAGUGUGAUUGUCCUUUCCGGUUAAGGGGUGAGAAGCUAGCUGCUGGUAAUGAGUGGAAGCUAACGGUAGAUGCUGGAAUUCAUAAUCAUACAGUUCAUAAUCAUACAGAAGGACGCCCCCAGAGGGGCCAUUCAUCUCGGGGUAGAUUAAGUCAAGAGGAGAAGUCAGUAGUGAAGGAUAUGUAUAAAAGACGGGAGAAGCCUAAGGAUAUAAUAAAAGCACUAAAAGGGAGGGACAAACACAACAAAUCCACAUGUAGGACAAUAUACAAUGAAGUUCAAAGUUUGAAGCGUAGAGAUAAACUUAAGGAUGAAAUUCACCAAAAAAGAAAAAAAUCUGAGGGUUCUCGAUUGCAACAAUUAAUGAGUAAGGCAGAGGAGUACGAUUACAUUGCGAAGCACAGAACUAGUCCAAUGAGGGACAAUGUGUUUGACUGCUUCUUUCUGACACACCCCAGUAGCUUCGAAUUGUUACGCGCAUUUCCAACUGUUUUGAUAAUACGAACACAGUGUCAGAGAUGGGAGUGGGCCACGGUAGAGUUUUCGGGAGUUACGUCAACUGAUAUGAUAUUUCCUGUUGCUUCGGCUAUCCUUUCUUCAAAAUAUACUAGUGGUUAUGAAUGGGCCUUAAAUUCAUUCAUUUCAUUGCGAGGUGUAAUGGAUGAUGAUGGUAUUGUCAUGCCUGAUAUUGUAAUUCUCGACACCUAUUUGGAAUUGGAUGACAAGAUUUUCUGCCUCACAAAACUGAUAAAAGCCAGUAACGACGUCUUCAGUACGGCUAAACUUUUGUUUUCUGUGGAGUAUCCUCUCCAAUUAAGGUCAGUGAUCGGUAAUUCCGAGGUGUCCUUCUAUCAGAGGUGGAAUCGUUUGAUAGAAUCCAGUACUGAAGCCGAUUUCCAGCAAGAUUUAACGAAGCUAGGCAGCGAGUCAAGUGGGUAUCCAGUGGCAGUUAAAUAUUUUAACACUUUGUCGAAGCUUAAGGAAACGUGUGUUGCAGCAUGGACAGAUAAAGUUAUGCACUUUGGGAAUACAAAACGGCAGAAGAGGAUGAGCUAUUGCAACUUGGUGAACUUGCUAUUAUUUAUUUGGGAGAAUUAUUUCAAUAAAUGUAAAGAUCCUGUAGUCGUAGAGCAAACAACAAUCGACAGGUUUUGGCAGAGAAUGCAUAGUCGGAAUGAGAAAAUUCGCCUAGAAAUUGACAAUUCGUUUCUGGAAUCUUUAAAGAAUGGGUACAUUAAUGACAAACAUGCGCUCCCAGUGUUGAAGGGACUCCAUGGGGCUAUUUCCAUUUAUGCAUUAGACAUGAUCCGUGACCAGGCCAAGCUAGCCAAUAAGAUAGAUGAUGACCAUAGUGAGUGUAGUUGUCCUAUAAAACGUACCCAUGGCUUACCAUGUGCACAUGAAAUUGCCAAGUACAUGAAAGAAGGUCGACCUAUUCCACUUGAAUGCAUCAAUUCUCAUUGGAGGACUCUUCCCCGCUUGAAACCUUCGACCCCCAAUGUGUAUGAGACGCUGAAACGACUUAGGUUAAGUGAGGAGAUUAUUACAAAUGCUCGUUCUGCUCUAUCCUUACCUGGCACUGUGGAAUCUGAACGUAAUUCACCGAAUGCUUGUUUAUCGACACAAAAGUCGCAGCCAGGGGAUGAGGUGUAUGACAUCCAGACAACUAAGCAACUUGAGUUUGUAGAUGUAUGUCCGGUAUUGAGGCAAUAUAUCUCUCAUGUAAAGGAUGUUCCAAGAGAUGGCCAUUGCGGUUUUAGAGCUAUAGCAGCAUUUAUGGGUUACAGUGAAUUGGUUGGAUGGGUGAAAGUGCGGGAGGACUUAAGAAAUGAGCUUAAGCUUAACUCAUCUCGCUAUGCCGAACUCUUUGGUUCAGAACAAAGGGUUAAUGAAUUACUUGUUGCAUUGGACUAUUACGACGGUAGUUGUUUCCAGAAGAAAUAUUGGAUGACUAUGCCUGACAUGGGUCAUAUUAUAGCAUCUUGUUAUAAUGUCGUACUCAUGCAUUUGUCUUCAGUUCAGUGUUUUACAUUCUUUCCACUUAGAACUGCACCCACAUCAUUCUCAAUAUCAUCAACUAGAGUGAUUGUUAUUGGAUUUGUCGAAGAACAUUUUGUCCAGGUAUAUUUGAAAACAGAUCAUCCAAUGCCUCCUCCAACUCCAGCCCCCACCAGAAAGAAUCCUCAUGGAGCAACAAACUGGGAAAGAUUUCAUGAACAACGUUCCACAGAAUGGGCAACUCUAUACCUCGGUCGCAUUGAGCAUUUCAAAUCCUUACAGCCCGAGGUCGUCUCACAAAAGAACCCAGUUGUGCUUGAUAUUGAUUCUUGCACUUCUGAAGACAAUAUGGAUUUACUAUUUUGAUUCUUUGCAAGGGGAUUGAACCCUUAUCCCAUUUCCUAAUGACAAAGUAUCGAAAUUACAAGACAUGUGACCUGUUUGUUCUUCUUUGUUAGAAUUGCCCCGCAGCAUUGUUAUUGGAAAAUUUGAGGACCAUUUGUGGGUUACAUGAAUAUCCUUUAGUGCAUGAUGUUCCAUAGAGGGCAAGGCUAGGAGUGGUACGAUCGAUCUGAUUGUGAUUAUAUCUUACUUUGUAACAUCGUCGUUGUUAUAAUGAUACAUGAUUAGUAUCUAGAUAAUUAAAAUUUGACAAGAGAAAUUAUGGGGUAAUUCGGAUCAGAGGACUGCGAUAUGAGUACGAUUUGGAAAGAUUGGUAUCAAGGAGACAAGGACUAACUUGUGAUACAACCGGCUGUACGAAUUUGAAAUGCUCGGUUGGAUAAAGCAACAAAAUGACUUGCUUUUGGUUGUUUUGCACAUCCCGGGUGAUGUG